AUGUCAGAAGUUAAAUUAUAUUUCGAUGCAGAUAAUUUAAAUAAUAUUAGUACAUUGAAACAAUGUCCAGCACUUUAUCAACCACUCAAUAAACCAGCCAACCAUCAAGGAGAGGCUGAUGAUACCCCAACUGUCCAGAAUGGGGCCACAUACGAUCCACCCUAUUCUUUGCAUUUUACCCAUGCCAUGAAUUAUUAUGCAACUUUUAAAGUGAAACGUUUGAAUAUUGAAAGAACAAGAGAGGAUUUAGUAAAUCCAGAGGAUGGAGGAUCUGUUUCAUUGGAUUGGUUUGAGUUUGGAGAAUUCAAAGAGGACACUCCAAUCGUUGUAUAUAUACAUUCAUUGACUGGGGGUAGUCACGAACCUUGGCUACGUAGCUUUGCCAAGCAUGCCUAUGACACCAAGGGAUGGCGUUCAGUCGCAUUCAACAACAGAGGGUGUUGUGGAAACAAAAUUACAGCAGACAUUGGAUAUUGUGGCACUAAAAUUGACGAUUUCCAAAUGUGCAUCAAACACAUUCAACAAAAGUAUCCUAAUGCCAAGCUCAUGCUAGUAGGCUUUAGUUUGGGAUCUGUUAUUCUAGUCAACUAUCUCAAAGCCACGGGAGAGUCAUCACCAUUUAUCGCAUCGGUCAGUAUCAGCAACCCCAUCAAUAUGACUGAGAGUUGCAAGACCAUAGAAUCAACCUACUUGAACCGAAAGAUGAUCUGCGGUCCACUCGCAGACAACAUCAAGAGAUUGUUCCUCAAGUUUGGCGAUCGUUUGAACCAAUAUACAACCAAAGAAGAUAUCAUCAAGGCACAAACCGUCACAGAUCUCGAUUGGUGUGUCACACACAAGAUGUUCAACUACGACUCACCACAACAUUACUAUGAGGCUGCUAGUCCAUCCAACCACAUCCAAGACAUAAAGAAACCAAUCUUAUUUAUCAAUGCAUCCGACGACAGUAUUGCACCGGUCCAUGCAAUUCCAUUUGCCAAGUUUAAGAGUAACCCCAACACCAUGUUGGCACUCACAAAGCGUGGUGGUCAUCUUGGCUUCAUUGAUCACAAAGAUUGGAAUCCAUACUCCCAAAAGAUUGGUGUUGAAUAUUUAGCUGCUCAACUCAAUAAUAACAUAGCUCAUAGAAAAUGGAUCAAUGGAAAAAGAUUGGUGGAAUCACAAGUUGGAGAUUGUUAUUGGUAUGUUGACACUGUGACUAUUUGGAUGUUGGGAGGUCUAAAUCUUUCAGGAAUAAAAACAUCAGUAUAUACUUCUGAAGCUGUAGUUUGCAUUGUCAAGGUUGGAGGUGAAUCAACACAGAGUGUAACCAGUUUACCAAUUCUUACAAAAUGGAUUUGGUUGUAUAUGAAUAGACAUAUGAUACAAAGGGAGAACCCAUGUUUUCUAUUAUCUUACGACAUCUCUUUUAAUCAUAACACGUAUAAUGCCAAGACAAUAACAGAAAUUGCAUCACAAAGCGAUUUCAAACGAUGGUCAGCAAAACAAGUCUUUGAAUGGGCUACAAAAGAAGUUCAAGUAAGAGAAGAAUAUGCCCAGAUGCUUCUUGAUAAUGAUGUAGAUGGAGAGAGUAUAGCAGUGUUUACAGAGGCUGAUUUUGGUAAAUGUGGCAUAGUCGUCGCACCUGCAAAGAAGCUCUAUCUGGCUGCUCAACAACUUUUAAUUAAACAACAGCAGCAACAACAAUCGCAUCAACACAGCAGCAGUAGAGUUGGCACAAUGGCUGACAUAUUCUCUCGUGCUUAUACAAUCAUUGACCUCUCUGGUUAUCCUAACAAGGAAAUGUGCAAGGAUAGCGUCGAUGAAAAGCAAGCCAGUAGAAUUGUUUAUGAAUAUGGGGACUCCAAGGACAUCGAUAAAGUGAACCAAUACCUCCAGAAACAGUUCCAAGAAGCUCAACCACCUACAAAUCAAGUUUGUUCUCAUAUUACAGGCCCUUCACUUGCCUCAUUGUUGUUGGUCAAUCCAUCUCCAACCAUUCCUAAAUAUCAACCAAUCACAUUAAUAUCACUGGACACUCAAAACCUCUACCUUUUAUAUUGUACAAAUAGUAUAGUUGUCUUCUAUCUCUUUCUAUCAAUCUAUCUAAUUCGCACAUCUAAUGAAGUGGAUAACGAAUUGACCACAUUUUGGCAGCAAUUGGCAACAAAGGAUAUCAUUGAAGAUAUGAUCAAAUUAGAAAACAACACCAAAUUUCCAGUGUCCAGUGGAAAUAGUUUAUACGUUCGUAGAUGUUACUAUGAUCUUUUCGAAUCAUUAAUGAUUGGGACGGAUUUACGAAAAGUGAGAAAAGUCCAUACCGCUUCUUGGAGGAACUCCAGGGAUAGGAAAGUCGAUGUUUGCUUUCUUCCUCCUCCAUCAACUUGCCAAGAAAAGAGAUAG